UCAUGGAAAGCAAAGGACUGGCACUGAAGCCACAGCCCAAAAAGAAUCUAUGGAAGCCAGAGGAAGACUUGGUUCUGAAAACCUACAUUGAAGCUCACGGUGAGGGAAACUGGGAAGCAGUUUCCAAAAAUUCAGGGCUGAAGAGAGGAGGGAAGAGUUGCAGGCUAAGAUGGAAGAACUAUUUGAGACCUGACAUUAAACGCGGAGGAAUGUCUGAAGAAGAAGAAGACCUCAUCAUCAGACUGCAUAAGCUUCUUGGCAACCGAUGGUCGCUGAUAGCUGGAAGAAUUCCUGGUAGAACCGACAACGAAGUGAAGAACUACUGGAAUACCCAUUUGAACAAGAGAUGCCCUCGAGGCAAAAGGAAAUCCAUCGAUUCAAACAACGAUCAACAAGAAACCAGCAAGAAAUCACAGACCAGAAACUCCGAAUUUCCGAUUCCCGCAAGCAUUACAGAGACAGAGUUGCUCGAUGCGAGGAAAGAGGAGAGCAGUAACAUCACAAACUCUUGGAUCGACGAAACGCAGAGCUUCCACUGUGACCUAGAUUUUCCGAUUGUGCCUGGGAACAGUGCGGUGUUUGGUUUCGACGAUGAGCCUUUCAUGACGAACUUGGAUUCCAUUGUCCUGUAUGAAACCGAAGCUUUAGACUACGGAUGGUUGGAGUCCAAUUCGCACACGCAAUGCUUCAUGCCAUAGUGCGAAUUGCGAAUAGCCUAACGUUGCUUCAGGGGAAAUGGAAACAGGAUUGAAGACGACAAGAGAGCUUCCUGCUGAAGAAACUCAUGACUGGGGAUGAUCCAUCAUAAGAAGAAUAAGAUUAUUAUAUAAUGCAUGUGCUUAACAAAUUUUUAGGUACAUUUUUUAUAUGCGGCAGAAAGCGAGGGGUCAAUUAUGAAAAAACGAACGUAAUGAUUAACAAUGGAUCUCACAAGGCACGUCUCAGUGCUUGAAAUGAGUGUAGAAAAUGUACUUAAAAAUUUCUCAUUAUGUGUCAUGUGUUAUUAUCUAUUAAACAAUAUUUUACAUAUUUAACUCUCUCAAGGGCAGAAUUCAAACUCAAAACUUCUUGU